CGUCCUGCCGUUCACACAACCCCGCAGCCACCAUGUCCACUGACCACCUGUAACACAUUCGCUGCGCACAUCUGGUGCCUUUUUUCUUUUUUUAUUCACGGCUUCCGACGUUUUUUAUAGUGAGCCCAAUUUUUGUCUAGUGUGAGAAACAACCCUUUAUGUGAGUGUGGGUGGGAAAGGAUCACGAGAGUGGUCAUGUGAGGUCAAAGGUGACGACGACAUAGAGCGCGCGGACACAUGUUGACCUGGAAGUGGCCCGACGUCGGCUGGUGAGGCCGUAACGCUGGGGUGAGCUGCGGCGCCUGCGGGAGGAGCAGCGUGCUGGCGAGGGCGGGCGAGCCACGACCGAGUGCGGGCUGGAAAGCUGCGGCGUCAGGCGAGGUGUUCGUCACGUCCGGCGCGUCUCUUCGAGGUGUGUGACAGCGAGGAGUGGGAGAUCGAGCGAGCGAGCGCGCGAGAGGCGCGAGGGCGCACGGGACGCCCGCCAACAUGAGCUUCCUCAACUCGCUGCAGCAGGUGGUUGCCGGCGUCACCAGCAGCGUCACCAGCCUCUCGCUCUCGCCCAAGAGGUUUCCCUUCGGCCGUGAGAACAGCUCCGGCAGCGGCGGCGGCGGCGAUGUGAGCACGCCUCCCCCCGGGCCCCCCACCACCACUACCAGACGCGGCCGGGGGGGUCGCCGAACCCCCGCCUGGGCCCCAAGCUGGUACCUACCCCCGGGGCUGCAGGGGGUGCGGCGCCACGGCCCCAGGGGAGGGGCAAGAGCUUCAUGAACAACAUGAUGCAGCCGCCGCCCAUGCAGCAGCAGCAGCAGCCCGUCCGGAAGGAGAGGGAACGGCGCCCCCUCCCCGUGCUGCAGUGCGGGGACCGCUACACGUACUGGCCGGAGUACGACCCCAGCCAGAACUGGGUGAGCGAGCAAGACAACGGAUGGCUGGAGCAGUUCACGACCCUGGGGUGGCGCCACAGCGAGGCCCUGCGCACCCUGAAGGCGUCGGGGCGCCAGGGCUCGAGGGACAUUGCCCCGGAGACCCUCGCCUCCAUCAGAAGAAACGAGUUCCGGCCUUCCAAGGCGGAGAUGGAGGCCCUGUACGUGGAGGUGCUGUACACGGUGUUCCACAAGGUGGGCGCGCAGCAGGGCGACAAGCGGGAGCACACCGAGGACCUGCCCAGAUACGCCCAGGCCGCCUUCCACAUUGAUCCCCAGGACCACGCCAGGCUGCAGGCUGUGGCGCAGGAGGAGAAGCCUCCAAUCUUAGUGCUGAACCUGGUGGUGGUGGAGGCGGAGAACCUCGAGGCAAAAGACCCCAAUGGGUUCAGUGACCCGUACUGCAUGAUGGGGAUCAUCCCGGAGCACCCGGGCUCCUCCCUGCAGUCCUCGGGCUCGGUCAACAGCGCGGGAUCGCGGGGCUCCAGCCGACAGAACAGCGUGGAUAGUUUCAGCGACCCUUACUGUAUGUUGGGGAUACAGCCGGCCAUGCAACAGGGUCUUCCCGGGUCGCCCCGAGACGUGUACGGAAUCGCCCAGGGGUCACCGCCCCCCGACUCCCCCAGGGUGCGGCAGCAGGUCAGCCUGUCCUCCCGGAGCUCGUGCGAGACCGAGGGCGAGAACGACCUCGAGCGGAGUGGCAGCUGCGAGAGUCCGAAGCCGUUCAGCAAGGAGAGCCUCAGAAAGCACCACAGCUUCCGGUUAAGCUUCAAGCGCAAGCCCGCGGAGCCCAAGAAGGAGCGCGUGGAGCACCGGGACUCGCUGAGCAACGCCAUCCCCGCCAAGAUCAUCCGCGCCACUUCCGUCAAGCCGCACACACUCAACCCGCGAUGGAGCGAGAAGUUCAGACUAGACAUCGACGACAUCAACUACGACAUCCUCCACUUGGACAUCUGGGACCACGACGACGAGUCCAGCGUGUUCGACGUGGUCAGCAAGCUGAACGAGGUCAAGGGCGUCAAGGGCCUCGGGCGAUUCUUCAAGCAGAUCGCGCAGUCGGCUCGCGCGGGCGGCGGCCAGGACGACUUCCUCGGCUGCGUCAACGUGCCUUUGCAGGAUAUCCAAGCACCGGUCUGGAUAAGUGGUACCCCUUGGAGGGCCGCUCCCUGCGAUCCAACAUCCAGGGCCAAAUCCACCUCAAGAUGUGGCUCUCCACGAGGGAGGACAGAGGCACGUCGGAGGAGGAGGCCUGGGUCGAGGUUCGGCAACACGACCAGAUUAUUACCAUCUUCCUGUUGCACGAACUCGCUAAGUACAAGGACGACACCAUGUCCUGGGACGGCGAGCUGAGCGCCGCCGCCGAGGCCAUCCUGCACCAGCACGCCAUCCAGGGCGACCUCACGCCCCUCAGCAGGCCAUCUGCCGCUGGACCGCCGCCGCCCGCACCCACACGCACAAGCCCUUGGACCACCGCGUCCUGCACCGCCUCCUGAUGGC